CUCACUUUUAGGUUAGAUCAAUUUUAAAAUUAGUUACUGGAUUCUAUAAAUAUAGCUACUUACAAAAGCCAUGAGUUUUAAGAGAUAAUUAGCAAUUUGUCUGCCUAUUUCGGGUCGCUAUGGCUCUUCUAGGGGCGCAAUUGGUCAUAACUCUCGUUAUGAUUAGUGUGAUUCAGAAGCUGGGCCCCCAUUUCUCAUUAGCCAGAUGGUUCCUGUGUUCCACAGGCCUCGUUCGAUACCUUUACCCCACCGAUAGCGAACUGAGGCAACUGGCAAACAUUCCCAAAGACAAAUCGAAAGGGAAAAAGAACUCCAAGACGCAAGCAAAUGGAAAGAGUACGGUUGAGACGUUUCACAUUCCCCGUUCGUUGGAUAUCAAGUUGGAUAAUGUUAAAAUAACAAGUUUAGAUGUUAUUCAUUUGCGAUAUUAUUUGGAGUAUCAGUGGCUGGUUGAUUUUUCUGUGUACGCGUUAAUUGUAUACGUGACGACAGAGCUUUAUCAGAGCUGGUUUCCAUUGAAAGGUGAAAUCAAUUUGAGCAUGAUAUGGUCCUUGUUGGUGAUACUUUUUGCCAUGAAACUGCUUCUAAGCUUGACGCUCCAGUAUUUCAAAGGUGAAGAAUCGGUAGGAGAAAGGUCGACUUGUAUCGUUAUGGGAUUUAUUUAUUUACUGAUAGCGAUGAUGGUGAUGAUUGUGGACGAAAAGAACCUUGAGGUAGGACUCGAGAGUGCUUACACCAGUUUCAACCAAAGUGCAGCCUCCUUCCUCGAAAAGCAAGGGUUAUCUUCCACCGGACCAGCAUCGAAAAUCGUUUUAAAAUUCUUCAUAGCGGUUUGGUGUGGCAUUUUAGGAGCUCUGUUCACUUUUCCGGGUCUGAGGAUGGCAAAAAUGCAUUGGGAUUUACUGAGAUAUUUCAGAGAGAAUAAGACUAAACAAUUACUUUUGAAUGCAACUUUCGCUCUUCCAUUCAUCCUGGUGCUUCUCUGGAUCAAACCGAUUUCAAGGGAUUAUUUGACUGUCAGAAUUUUUUCUGGCAGAUCUGAACCGCUACUAACAGAGAGAACAUUCGAAUCGAUUCGUCUGAUUGCAAUAGUCGCGACAAUGUUUCUCAAAAUGAUUUUGAUGCCGUGGUACUUGCAAGCAUAUCUUGAUAUGGCGUAUCAUCGGUUGGAGAAACAAAAAAAGGAGGCUGGUAGAAUAACGAAUAUUGAAUUGCAAAAGCAGAUAGCAUCGGUAUUUUACUAUCUCUGCGUAGUAACGUUGCAAUACGUAGCGCCUGUUGUCAUUUGCUUCUACAUGACGUUGAUGUACAAAACUCUCGGAGAAUUCAGCUGGGGAGACUUUGUUUUUGCGAAUACUGUCAAUGACGACGAAUGUCCCUUGAGUGCCGGGGAUACUAGACCUAUUUUGGAGCCAUUCGCCGAUUCUGAAGAAACACAAACCAUUACUCAAACUGCAGCUGAAUUUCAUUUUACUAUCGAGAGUCUAAAAAUGAUUUUCACAAAAGACGUCUAUAGAGGCCUCUUCGGUUUUUCAACGUGGUGGUGUUGUUUUUUGUACUUCGCUGCAACUUCGUUUGGACUGAUAUAUCAAUCGUAUUUUUCUGUUUUAUAAUAAAAUGCGAUGAAUCUCUUAUUGUUCUGAGUGUUCUGAUAAAAAGUUUCAAAUCGCA